AUGUCGUCACUGCCAACUUCGUCACGGCUUAUGAGUUUGAGGGAACGUACGGAAAUACCGGUGGUCGGAGAUGACGGGAGCCAUAUCGACCCGUCAAACUCGUGUUCACCAAGGCGGAGCCUGUCCAACAGCAGUCGUGGAUACGAACGAGCAUCCCGGGGUCUGACACGGGUCGCGUCCGCGUCGUCAGCGCUGUCGCUUGUGUCGAACCCGAACCUGUCGCUGUUGGACUCUGAGCUUCAGGUUGUAGAAGACUGUAAGGAGUUCCCGGUCGUGGUCGUUGUGGUCGGUGCAUCAGGAGAUCUGGCCCGCAAGAAGACGCUGCCGGCCUUGUUCUCGCUCUUCUACCACAACCUGCUGCCGCUCAGUUUCGCAGUCGUCGGAUAUGCCCGCUCAAAGCUCUCCGUAGAAGAGUUUCGAAGUUCAGUGAGCUCGAAUCUAGUCUGUCGCGUCGGAGAUCGCGAGUGCUGUGAGGCGAAGACGAGGGCCUUUCUCGAACGCUGCUUCUACUUCUCUGGGCAGUAUGGCUCUCUGGAAGACUGGUUGAAUUUUGAUCGCUGGCUUUCCGAAGACAUCGAGCCGCGUAUGAACCAAAGCGACACAGCAACUCGGGGGGCACGACGCGCGCCCGGGCGUCUGUUUUACCUGGCGAUCCCGCCGUCGGUAUUCGCGGAAACGCUGCGCAGUAUCAGUCGCGGCGCCAUGGCACCCGAGGAGCUUGGCGCCUGGACCCGAGUCAUUGUCGAGAAACCAUUUGGGCGAGACUCAGAGUCCUACAUGGCGCUACGUGACCUAGUCGCAGAAUGCUUUCCGGAGGAGGCACUUUACCGCAUUGAUCAUUACGUGGGCAAGCCACUGGUUGCGAACCUGACGACACUUCGACUUGGGAACUUUGUUUUUGAUGCACUCUGGAAUCGCCACUGCAUUGAAUCCGUGCAAGUGGUGUUCAAGGAGGAUUUCGGGGUCGAGGGUCGCGCCGGCUACUUCGACGCAUACGGCAUCAUUCGAGAUAUCCUCCAAAACCAUUUGCUGCAGGUCCUCAGCAUUAUUGCGAUGGAUCCGCCGGCGUCGCCGCACGCUGCCGAUAUCAACGAGGCAAAACUCCGGCUACUGUACGACAUCAAACCGUUGCAUGCGAAGGAUUUUAUCAUCGGCCAGUACGAUCGAUAUCGGUCGGAGCGAGGCGUGCCGAAAGACUCGUGCACCGCCACGUUCGCAGCGUGUGUUGUCCAGAUCGAUAACGAACGCUGGCGAGGUGUCCCUUUUGUUAUGCUCGCUGGGAAAGCGCUCGACGAGCGGAAGGUUUACGUGAAGGUCGCGUUCCACGAGACACCGAAUCAUACGUUUAUACCGGAGGAACUGCGUGACAAGCGCAACACGUUUUACAUUGAAAUCCAGCCGCGUCCCGCGGUCGAGCUGAGCUUUAUCACCAAAACUCCCGAUCUGGAGGGACGCGUUGUCCAAACCAAGCUCGACUUGGUCUACAACGAGAGCUUCAGUGCGGAAGCCCAGGACAUGCCGGACGCCUACGAGCGGCUCAUUUCGGACGCCAUUGUGGGCGACCGCACACUCUUCAUCAGCGACGCCCAGAUAUCGCGCGCAUGGGAGCUGUUCGACCCUGCCCUGAAAGAACUGGAGCGAGAUCCACCAGUUCAGCCAGUUAUCUAUCCGUAUGGUAGUAAGGGACCGAUUCUGCCCGAGACGCUGAUCAAGAAAUACAUGGCAGGCAGGAUGCAAGACUGA